AUGGGAGAACGGAAGGUUUUGAACAAAUACUACCCGUCGGACUUUGAUCCGGCAAAGAUUCCUCGCCGGAAGCAAAUGAAAGUGAGGAUGAUGCUUCCCAUGAGUAUUCGAUCCGGGUUAAACAACCCGAAUAAAUGGGUCGUGGGUUGUCGAUGGCUCGACAUAAUAAGCAAAAUUCAAAAUUUGGAAAAGGAAAAUGUUGUCUUCACCUCCUCGGCCCUAGCUGCAAUUUUCAAACCAAAAACCCUAACUCUCUCCGAUCUUGUCGCCGCCGCGUGGACGAGCACUACCACCAUCACUCGCCCCGAUCGUCAUAACCUGUGA